AUGUACCGCCAAGUAUUGCUGCAUCCUGAGGACACUUCCCUACAGCGAAUUCUCUGGCGAUUCAAUCCGAAUGAGCCAGUGGCCACAUAUGAGCUGCAGACAGUCACAUACGGACUCGCACCGUCAUCUUUUCUGGCCACACGCACUCUACAACAGCUUGCUGCGGACGACGGUGAUACCUACCUACUCGGUGGACCUGCUCUGAGGAAAGGUUUCUAUGUGGACGACUACAUAGGGGGAGCGAACACAGAGGAGGAGGCAAUACAAACCCGUGAGGAGCUGGAUGAGCUGCUUGGCAGAGGAGGAUUCCAGUUAAGAAAGUGGGCAUCGAACAAUCCUAUCGUUUUGGAAGGCCUCGCACCAUCACAAAUUGGAACCCAAUCAACACUGAAGUUUAAUCAUUGCGAGCCCAUCAAGGCACUGGGUGUCUGUUGGGAACCCGGCCCGGAUCAGUUGCUUUUCGAAUCUACUAUAGUCUCCGGUGAUGGCUUUCCCACAAAGCGAUCCAUUCUUUCAGCCGUCUCAAAACAUUUCGAUCCUCUUGGGCUCACAACACCUGUCGUCAUACGAUCAAAAAUGUUGUUACAGGAGCUUUGGUUACAACCCUGCGGAUGGGACGACGAGGUAUCCGACACCAUACGAAUCAAAUGGGAGAACUACUCCAUAGACUUACCGAAGAUCACUACCUAUCGUGUUAACCGUUAUGCAUUUUUGCCGAAUUCCACUGUGCAGCUGCACACGUUUGCAGAUGCAUCCCAGCAAGCCUAUUAG